AUGUGGUGCCGACGCUUCGCCAGUAUCUUGCAAAGGCCCGGCCUGGGGCCGGGUGCGCCGCUUUUGGCCAGGCAGCCCGACAUCUCGGCAUCCCAGUUGGCCUGCAGGUGGUCUGGCUCCUAUUCUCGCAUCAUGAAGCGGAACCGGCCGCCGUACAUCGACUUCGAGACAGGCUUUCCCAAGGAGGAGCUUCCAAAGCAGAGCGUCAUAGCAGCGUUUACCUUGGCAAAGCAGCAGAAGCUGGAGAAGCUUUUAGAGGCCACUCCGCAAAAGACCUUCCGCGGCCGAGUCAUCAAGGGGCUAUCGACCGGGAGAAAGCGGCACUCGGGCCGCAACGACGUGGGCAGGAUAACUACGCGGCACCGCGAGGGGGGCUGCAAGCAGCGCCUGCGCUUCGUGGACUUCAAGCGCGCGCGCCGGGACAUCCCGGCCACGGUGCUGCGGAUCGAGUACGCGCCUGACCGAUCCUCGCACAUUGCGCUGGUCCAGUACGAGGAUGGCGUGCUGAGCUACAUCCUGGCGCCUUUGACGUUGCGUCCGGGGGAUCAGGUGCUGUCUAGCGAGACUGCGAACAUUGUCCCUGGAAACAGCCUACCGCUGAGGCAUAUUCCCGUGGGCUCUAUCAUCCACAACAUCGAGUUGCGGCCAGGUGCUGGUGGCCAGUUUAUCCGUGCUGCUGGAACCUUUGCGACCAUCAUCACGAAGGAUCCCAGGUUCGCAACCAUCAAGUUGCGCUCCACAGAGAUCCGGAAGUUCCCCCUGGAAUGCUGGGCUUCCAUUGGCCAGCUCUCUCACCUGGAGCGCGCCAUGCGCUUCAAAGGAAAGGCCGGGGUGAACCGCUGGCUGGGCUGGCGCCCCUCGGUGCGCGGUACGGCCAUGGAUCCGCACAAACAUCCCCAUGGCGGCGGCACCAGUGCAAAGCACACGAAGAGGCCGCCGGUGUCGCCCUGGGGCAUCGAGCGUACUGGCUACAAGACCCGAUCCCCGCUGAAGCCCUUGGGGCUCAUUGUGCGGCGGAAGCUGCCCGGAAAGAUGCAGAAGAAAUUCGGCAUCGCCUCCUGA